AUGGGAGACUUGAAUCCAUCUGCAGGCAUCCCUACACCUAUAUUGCAUUCAAGAUUUCUAGAAAAAGCUCUUCACAUAAACUCUUCGACAUCACUUAUUCACAGUUACAAAAGUAUUUUCAAUGGUUUUGUUGCCCUAUUGACCAAUGAUGAGGUUCACCGGAUUUCUGCGAUGGAAGAAGUUGUAUCAGUGUUUCCAAAUAGAAAAAAUCAUAUGCACACUACAAAAUCAUGGGACUUUUUGAAAUUUCCUCAAACGGUUAGCAGAGUGAAAAAGGUUGAGAGCAACAUCAUUGUUGGAGUAAUAGAUUCUGGAAUUUGGCCAGAAUUAGAUAGCUUUAGUGAUGUUGGAAUGAGAUCGCCACCGAGCAAAUGGAAGGGAUCGUGUCAUGGGCUACGGAAUUUCAAAUGUAACAACAAAAUAAUUGGAGCAAGGUACUACAGAAGAAAUGGCAAAUUCUCCCAAGAGGAUAUUAUUUCUCCAAGAGAUACCAUUGGUCAUGGAACUCAUGUAGCUUCAAUCAUUGCCAGAAAUCUUGUUAGUUCGGCGAACUUUUAUGGUCUUGGACAAGGUACAGCACGAGGAGGAGUCCCUUCUUCGAGGAUUGCGGUAUAUAAAGUAGUUUGGACUGAUGGUUCUGAUGACAUCGACAUCAUUGACGCAUUUGAGGAUGCCAUCAAAGAUAGGGUUGACAUAAUAUCAAUUUCAAUGGGAACAGGUAUUAAUGCAAACUAUUUGAAGGAUUCGAUAACUGUUGGGAGUUUUCAAGCAAUGAGAAAAGGAAUUAUGACGAUAUGUUCUGCGGGAAACGGUGGUCCUGAACAUGGAACUGUCGAGAAUAUUUCUCCAUGGGUUCUUACCGUCGCAGCAAGUUCCACUGAUCGAAAGAUAGUCACCUAUUUGAAGUUGGGUAAUGCCCAGACAUUUGUGGGAACUACAUUGAAUGCGUUUGAUGAGACUAAUUUCUCCACUUUGGUGUAUGCCGGUGAUGUUCCAAAUAUAAGAGAGAUGGUUUCUCGUAAUACAUCGAGACUUUGCCUAGACACAAAGUCACUAGAUGCUAGACUUGUAAAAGGUAAGAUUGUCAUUUGUGAUGAAUACAAUGUAGGGGACGCAGCCUUAACUGCUGGUGCAACUGGUAUGGUGAUACGAGGCAAUGAUAUCGCUGUCGAUUAUAGGACAUUUGCUCUCCCGGCACUUUUUGUUGGAAACAGGGAGUCAUUCGAACUCAUGAGAUAUUUGGUCAGACCAAGGGUGUCAUAUAACAUCCUAUCAGGUACGUCAAUGUCAUGCCCACAUGCUUCUGCUGCAGCCGCUUAUGUCAAAUCCUUCCAUCCAUCAUGGUCUCCGGCUGCUAUAAAAUCUGCACUUAUAACCACUGCCUCCGAGAUGAGUGCAAGGACAACUCAGUCACUAGAAUUUGGUUAUGGAGCAGGCCUAAUAAACCCUGUAGGUGCCAUUAAUCCUGGCCUUGUGUAUGAUGCAAAUCUAGCUGACUAUGUGCAGUUCUUGUGUGGCCAAAACUACACCAACAAACAGUUGAGCCUUAUUACGGGUGACAAAAUAGCUUGCACUCAUUAUGGGAGUAAAACUUCUUUAAAUCUUAACAUGCCUUCAUUUUCCUUUCCCAUCGUUCCGUCAAAUACUCCUUUUAAUGUCUCCGUUAAUAGGAGAGUUACCAAUGUUGGAUCAUUAAGAUCUACAUACAUCGCCAAGAUUCUUACUCCGCCUACAUUCACAAUACGAGUUGUACCGAGCACACUUUCUUUCACUAAAGUCGGAGAAGUUAAGUCAUUUACAUUGAUUGUUGAGGGAAUAAUGAAUCAUGUGGCAGCGGUUUCGGCUUCUUUGUCAUGGAUUGGUAGCACAAACAAAGAAUACUUCAUCUCCUGGUAUCCUAACAAGUGGUAUCAGAGCGAGGUUGUUCGAGAGGAGAGAAAGCUGAAGAGAUUGGAUGAUCCUUCGAGAAUUAUUGACAAGUUCUAG